AUGUCUACCACACCCUCCGAGAAGUCCCCCCAGCAUUCGCACGAGACGGUGGAAAACCAUUUCACUGGACUCGGUGCGAAAGAUCAGCGUGCAUAUGAGCGCGCUAGACACCAGACAAAGGAGCGGCGGGAGCACGCGCAGAUGAAAGAGCGCAAGGAGGCAGCGGCGAGGGUACGAGCACCAGCGCUCAAGGAAGAGCACUUGAGCCGGGCUGCUAGGAGGAUCAGCAUGGAGUUCUGGGAUGGCGAUGAGCCUGACCCUCGUACUCUCACUGGAUUCGGGCGCCCCGUUAAUGUCGCACCAGUGUCGAGGAUCGAAUCCGGUUUCUCCAAGAUGACACUUGCGGAUUUCGUGACGUUCAGGACCAAGAAACUAUCCAAGGCGCAAGAUGUUGACUUUGAGGUCCUCCCCCCUGUCCGUUCGGUCAUUGCUCUUGAUGACUUUGGACACGACGUUGAGAUUAAUGAACCUUGGGAAUUUAUCUCUCUUGCCCCCGAAUCGCCUGCUUGGAAGGGCUUGUCGUACGCUCAGGCUGCUGCUUUGACGCUGUAG